UCAAGGAUGUUCUUGUCCUUUAUUUUGUUACUGCUUGUGUUCACGCCACGUGCGGAUUCAUCCUGGUGGUACAUUGGGGCGCUGGGGGCACGGGUCAUAUGUGACAACAUUCCUGGUCUGGUCAGUAAGCAGAGGCAGCUGUGCCAGAGACACCCUGACCUCAUGCAGUGUAUCGGGGAGGGCAGUAAGGAGUGGAUCAAAGAGUGCCAGCACCAGUUCCGCCACCAUCGCUGGAACUGCAGCACCCUCGAACGCGACCACAGUGUGUUUGGUCGUGUCAUACUGCACAGCAGUCGUGAGGCAGCAUUUGUGUAUGCAGUCUCCUCUGCAGGUGUUGUCUAUGCCAUUACCAGAGCCUGCAGCCAGGGGGAGCUCAAAACAUGUAACUGUGACAGUCAGAAACGGGGCAAAGCCAGUGAUGAUGCAGGUGACUUUGACUGGGGUGGUUGCAGUGAUAAUAUUAACUAUGGCAUAAAGUUUGCCAAGGCCUUUGUGGAUGCCAGGGAGCGGACGGUCAGAGAUGCACGAGCGCUGAUGAACCUCCACAAUAACCGCUGUGGGAGAAUGGCAGUCAAACGCUUCAUGAAACUGGAGUGCAAGUGUCAUGGUGUCAGUGGGUCAUGCGCCUUAAGGACCUGUUGGCUGGCCAUGUCUGAUUUCAGACGGACGGGAGACUACCUGAGAAAAAAGUACAACACUGCAGUUGAGGUCACCAUGAACCAGGAUGGCACAGGGUUUACUGUGGCCAACAAAGGCUUUAAAGGAACAACCAAGAAUAAUCUAGUGUAUGUGGAACAUUCCCCGGACUACUGUCUUAUGGACCGGACCACAGGUUCUCUGGGCACAGCAGGACGGGUGUGUAACAAGUCCUCUGGAGGAAUGGACGGCUGUGAGGUCAUGUGCUGUGGGCGUGGCUACGACACUACUCGCAUCAAACACAUCACUAAGUGUGAGUGUAAGUUCAGGUGGUGCUGUGCAGUGGAGUGCAGAGACUGUGAGGACACUGUGGACAUUCACACCUGCAAGCCUCACAAGCGACCUGAUUGGCUGGACAAGACUUGA